UGACUAAGUUUUUGUGUCGUUCGUUAUUGGUGCAGGAUCCAAUAAAUACAAAAAUAUGAAGUUUUUGGUAUUCUUAGGACUUAUAGGGUUUGCUCUUUGCCAGGACAGGAUCGACCAGCUGUUUAGCUUGGUGGAUGCCAACAAGGACGACUCCAUCCAAAAGGCCGAACUGAUGGCCGUGUUCCUUUCAUUUGAUGACGACGGUGAUGGCAGUGUGUCAGAGAAUGAGUUUGUCACUAAUUGGGUUACCAAGACAGGGUCCUCCCCAGAAGCUGCGAAGGCACUCUUCGACCUGACUGACGCUGCGGGUGGCGACGCGAACGGUCUGUCUGACACCCUUUAUCAUAUACUGAAAAACAUAGUAUUCUAAAGCAUGAAAUUUGAAAGGAAAUAGUGUUUGUGUAAACUUUGUGGUAAUAAUGCAGUUUUAACCAUUCAAAUGAAAACUCUUACGAUUUAGUUUCGAUCUUUUCGUGAUUUUGCAUUUGUAUUAUAUAAUGUAUCAUUCAUCCAAUGUAUAAACAAAAAUGGAG